AUGGAGCCCCCAGACAGCUCUAAAGAUCUUCCCGGCUGUCCUGCACCCAUCACAGAUUGCAAAGAGUCUGGACCGGCAUCCUCAGUCUCUCCGGAUCAAACUCUCAAGCCUGAUGACAUCGCGACAAACGAUGGAAAUGAAGACGGCCAGAUGACCACCAUCGUGGAUUUGAUGGAACCAAAGAAGAAAAAGAAGAAUAAGAAAAAGCCCAAGAGCAAACGCGGACUAAAUAAGCCUACUGGGUUCGAAGAAUACUCUGCCGACAAGCCUAUGACACCGGAAGAAUUCGAAGAAGCGAAGAGUCUCUAUGAUGUCUCGCGACCACUCAUCCAUCGAAUCGAAGAUGCUCUCCUCCGCUACACGAAGAACCGCCGCAUUGACAGUGAGCGACGCCAUGUCUUUUUCAAGUAUUUGACAUAUGGUGGCGUGGAGGUUGGGCCCAAGAUGUUUGCCGGCGUGGAUGAAAAGGACAUGAAAGAAAUGGACAACGAGCAGAUCCUGAUCGCCAGGGCUCAAACGAGCAUCGAUCACGACAAGCAGAACUUGCCUGUUGAUUUUGAUGCCGUGGCCAGAGGCUACUUGACUUCCUACUUCCCAUACUUCUUCAACCCCGAAACCGAAGAAAUGGUAAAACUGGCAACAGUCACGAUCCGCAACUUCUUGUCUUACCUCCUCUACCAUGACGUUUGCCCGGAAUACAAUGGAAGCAUUGAUGCGGCCAGGAAGUCGUGUGAUAUUGCCUCCAAGGAGCUUUGGGAGAACCAGCAAUUCACGGCCAAGGCACCCGGUGACUUCAACGCGGCCUGCUCCACUCUCUUCGGAGGGUUUCUCUAUGAUCUAUACGUCGAAGGUGAUGAGUGGAAGAACCCAAGAGACAAAAGCGUGCGGAUGACCAAAGACAUUGCCCGUAAAGUGGUCAAGUUCGCCCUGGCUGGUGCUGGCUCCAACGAACAAGCGCAGCGAUUCCGAGACCUGGCAAACGAGAACGAACUUCGUGCACUGCUCGUCGAAGAUAUCCACGGGUUCGAAGUCACCGCCGUAUAUCCUGUUGAGCCUGACGUGAAGAUAUUCUACGAGGAAUACGCCCCCGAUCUGCAUCCUGUCGGAAGAUUAAUUGGUAGAGCAUAUUUCGAUCUCGCCAAACCGAUGUAUGAUCUGAGCCCGGAGGAGCGUCUGGAAUGGGAUAGCGGCAACGUGCGAAUGCCUGAGUUUGAGUUCUUUCUGGAGGAAAAUUUGCUCAAGCACUGCUAUCCUGGCAUGAAAGUGAUAACUUCGGUUUGGGAACUGAACUGCGGGUUGCAUUUCUUCGAGGAUAUUCAGAUCACCUACAGUUCUAUCUAUACGGUCCUUUGCAAUGAUCUCAUGCUGGGAUGGAAGAAACCAAAGGAUUUGACGGCUGGAGAGAAUGACGAGGAGGAGAAUGAUGAUGACGAAGAUGUGGGUGAGGGUGCUGGUAAAUAG